CCGCAGCCGGCGAUGAACGUUUCAAACAUCGGUUGACGUUUCGAGUCCGAUGCUGCCAGACCUGCUGAGUUUUUCCAGGUAAUUCUGUUUUUGUUUUGGAUUUCCAGCAUCCGCAGUUUUUUUGUUUUUAUCAAACAUCGGUUGCUUGGCGACAGCUUAACUUUUUUUACUUCCGUUUUAGAAACUGAUUUUUAUAUAUAUAUAUAUUUUUAAUUGUAGUAGAAUUCAUACGAAGGUGCAUAUAUUCCAGGGAGGGCUCGUUUUAAAAGAAAAAUUAUAUUUAGCGACUGGUAAGUGCGAGAGCAAUCGCUUCCGGGAUGAAGGUCAGUACUACUAAGAUGGCCGCCAGUGGCUGGUGUGUUUGCGAGUUUCUGAGGUUUAUGUUUUCGUUGAUCAUUCCUAUGCUUUUUGUAACCGCUGGCUUAUCGUUUAUCCUCGUGGUUGUUUUACUGUAUAUUCGAUUCUGGAUCUGUCCAAAGAAAAAACUAACACAAAGCCCAAGAAAAGAUGGCAAGAUGCCACCAGUGGUGGCAUUCUUUCACCCAUACUGUAAUGCUGGGGGUGGAGGAGAAAGGGUUUUAUGGUGUGCAAUAAGAGCUAUGCAGAAGAGGUAUGAAGAUGUUAUAGUUAUAAUUUAUACUGGAGAUCAAGAUGCCACAGAUCAAGAAAUUCUUGAUGGGGCUUACAGGCGGUUUAAUAUCAAACUUCUUCAACCUGUUCAGUUCAUUUUCCUUGAAAAACGAUACCUUGUUGAAGCUAAGCUCUAUCCAUAUUUCACUCUGCUAGGUCAAAGCCUGGGGUCUGUUUUGCUUGGAUGGGAGGCCCUGAUGAAGUGUGUUCCUGAUAUCUUUAUAGAUUCCAUGGGCUAUGCAUACACACUUCCUCUCUUCAAGUACUUGGGAGGCUGCCAAGUGGGGUGCUAUGUUCAUUAUCCUACUAUUAGUACAGACAUGCUCUCUGUGGUGAGGGACAGGAAUCCACGGUUUAAUAAUGCAGCUUUUAUAUCAACAAAUCCUACACUGAGCAAUCUCAAACUUGUAUACUAUUACAUCUUUGCUUGGAUGUAUGGAUUGGUUGGUUCUUGCAGUGAUGUUAUAAUGGUAAAUUCCACAUGGACUCUGAAUCAUAUCCUUGCUCUUUGGAAAGCUGGUGACAGAACCCACGUUGUCUGCCCACCCUGUGAUGUACAGACAUUCUUGGAUAUUCCAUUAGAAGAUGAUAGCAAAAAGACAGAACAUUCCAUUGUUUCAAUUGGCCAGUUUCGGCCAGAAAAGGACCAUUCUCUACAAAUCAAAGCUUUCUAUCAGUUCCUUCAGAUGAAGAGUGCUCAGCAGUCAGCUGUGAAGCUAAUAUUGAUUGGAGGUUGCCGUAACGCAGAUGAUGAAGAGCGAGUAUCUCGCCUAAAAGAACUGUGCGAGAAUCUGGGAGUUGCAGAAAACGUUGAGUUUAAGAUUAACAUUUCAUUUGAAGAACUUAAAAAACUUCUAGCUGAAGCCACUAUUGGACUGCACACCAUGUGGAAUGAACAUUUUGGUAUAGGGGUGGUUGAAUGCAUGGCAGCAGGAACUGUCAUUUUGGCCCAUAAUUCAGGAGGGCCUAAGCUAGAUAUAGUAGUACCACAUGAUGGAGUUGAGACGGGUUUCCUGGCAGACAGCGAAGAAAGUUAUGCUGAUGCUGUGAAUACCAUUCUGUCACUGUCACCUGAAAAGAGACUGGAGAUUAGGAAGAAUGCUCGUCAGUCUGUGAGCAGAUUCUCCGACCAGGAGUUUGAAACAUCUUUCAUAUCUGCUGUGGAACUAUUUUUUUAACAUAAGAUGAUGUUCUAAUUAUUGAACAAUGUAAAUAAAUGGAAACAGAUUCCCCUCCCCUUAGGGGGAGGGAGGAGAGAGAUACAAUGCACUGUAAUGCCAUGAUUUGCAUAUAUUUGAAAAGGCUUACAAUGGCUGUAUUGAAACUCUCUUAUAAAGACUUCUAAAGCAAA